AUGAUAACCCCGAAUUCCGAUUUCUAUAUCCUACAGAUCGGCGAUCCUGCUGAGCUUGACGCGACGACAUGGCGAUUGCUAAUCACCGGUCUCACUGAAAAACGGAUACCACCGUUGCGACUUGAAGACAUCACGGCGAUGGAGUCUGUCACGGCGAUGCGAACUCUGAAGUGCAUCGGUGACCCGAUCGGUACGGAACAGAUGAGCAAUGCAGUGUGGAAAGGAAUUCGGCUGCGCGAUCUGCUUGAGGAGGUCGGACCAACACCCGAAGUCAAAGUGGUCGUCUUCCGGUGUGCGGAUGGCUACCACACGGCGAUUCCUUUGGAAGAUGCGAUGCGUGAAGACACACUCCUCGCUUACGAAAUGAACGAUGAACCACUACCGACUGAGCACGGCUUCCCCGUUCGAUUGCUUAACCCCGGUCAUUACGGCACGAAAAAUCCGAAAUGGAUAAUCAACAUCCAGUUGGCAAAGGAACACGAAAGUUACUGGGAGAAACGGGGCUGGGAUCCGAUCGCGAAUGUGAAACUUGCCACAAUGAUUGGAGCACCGAGUGAAGACGAGGAAAUUCCCGGCGGCAAGGUUUACACAGUAAGCGGUGCAGCGUUCGAUGCAGGCAACCACGGCGGCAUCAAGAAGGUAGAAGUCAGUAUUGACUACGGACAGACAUGGGAAGAGGCAGAAAUUUGGGCGAAAGAUACCCCGCUUGCGUGGGUGCUCUGGAGAUGGAAUUGGCAGGUUCCUGAGAAAUCGGAGCCUGUUGAGAUUUACGCGAGAGCCACCGCCAACAGUGGUGUUACGCAAGACGAAAUCGGAAUCGAAGUAGAACCGGUUGGCGCGACAGGCUAUCACAUGAUUGACGCCGCGAUUGUGAUGCCAUAA